UUAAGAUGAUCACAUUACCUGAGAGAGUUCCCAAGUCUACAUUUGCUCUACUGGUUACUAUUCAGUGUUUAUGAAAAAUUUUAAUGUCAGUACUGUGAAGAAGCUGGAAAAAGGGAUAUUAUGAUGCUAAAAGCUCUCUGUUUGGGACUGCUCUGUGUUAUUUUUGUCUCUCAUUUUUACACACCCAUGCCAGACAACAUUGAAGAAAGCUGGAAAAUAAUGGCCUUGGAUGCCAUCGCUAAAACUUGUACAUUUACGGCUAUGUGUUUUGAAAAUAUGGGUAUUAUGAGAUAUGAAGAGUUUAUAUCCAUGAUAUUCAAGCUGGAUUAUACCCAACCACUUUCAGAUGAAUACAUCACAGUGACUGAUACAACAUUUGUUGAUAUUCCAGUACGAUUGUACUUGCCAAAAAGAAAGUCAGAGAUCCGAAGGCGAGCUGUAAUAUAUUUUCAUGGUGGUGGUUUUUGUUUUGGAAGUUCCAAACAGAGGGCUUUUGACUUCCUGAAUAGAUGGACUGCAAACACACUUGAUGCUGUCGUUGUAGGUGUGGAUUAUAGGCUAGCUCCUCAACACCACUUUCCUGCUCAGUUUGAAGAUGGCCUUGCUGCAGUCAAAUUUUUUCUUCUGGAAAAAAUUCUCACAAAAUAUGGAGUGGAUCCCACCCGAAUCUGCAUUUCAGGAGACAGUUCUGGGGGCAAUUUAGCAACAGCGGUCACUCAACAGGUGCAGAAUGAUGCUGAAAUAAAACAUAAAAUCAAGAUGCAAGUCUUACUUUACCCUGGCCUACAGAUAACAGAUUCUUAUUUGCCAUCUCACCGAGAAAAUGAGCAUGGUAUAGUUUUGACCAGGGAUGUAGCCAUAAAACUCGUGAGCUUAUAUUUCACCAAGGAUGAAGCACUUCCCCGGGCAAUGAGAAGAAACCAACACAUGCCUCUGGAGUCAAGACAUCUGUUUAAGUUUGUUAACUGGAGUAUUCUUCUUCCUGAGAAGUAUAGAAAAGACUAUGUGUAUACUGAACCAAUUCUUGGAGGACUUAGUUAUUCAUUGCCAGGACUUACAGACAGCAGAGCAUUACCCUUGUUGGCCAAUGAUUCUCAGUUACAGAAUUUGCCACUAACCUAUAUUCUUACUUGUCAACAUGAUGUCUUAAGAGACGAUGGACUUAUGUAUGUUACAAGACUUCGAAAUGUUGGAGUCCAAGUUGUUCACGACCAUAUUGAGGAUGGAAUUCAUGGAGCUUUAUCAUACAUGACUUCACCAUUUUAUUUACGCCUAGGUCUUAGGAUAAGAGAUAUGUAUGUAAGUUGGCUGGAUAAGAAUUUAUAAAUAUAUGGUGAUGAUGUAUAUGUAUAGCCCUUACAUGGUGGAUUGUAAUUUGUGAUAUUUUGUAGUUUGGGGGCAAAGAACAAUGUCAUUUGAAUUGUCUAAAUCUAUAUUUGAAUCAUUUUAUAGCAGUUAAUGUGUGUCCUUGAACAGUUAUUAAAUUUUCUGACUUGCAGACCCUGAA